UCUGGAGUAGAGUGGAGAGAAGGAAGGCUGUGGCUGAUUAAGUAGGCAAAGAGGAAAAAAGGACGUAGAUUAAUAAAAACUUAAGGGAGAACAGACAGACAGAUGGGUACACAGACAGAUGAAUAGACACAGCUGGAGACAGAUGGACAGACAGAGAAACGGACAGACAGACAGAGAUGAACAGACAGAUGGACUGACAGUUUGUGUAGCCUUCUGUCUGUCCCGCUGUCUGUCUCACAUCACAUCUGAUUAUGACGUCUGAUCUGCUGGAUGUUGAACCACACCGGCAGACCACCUGGGGGACCACACUUGGAGUAUGGAUCUAGAGCACUAUGCUCCCAACAUGCAGGUUUUCUGGUGGUCCCUAGAAUCUCCAAAAGAAGGAUGGGAGCUAGAGCCUUCAGCUAUCAAGCCCCACAAUUGUGGAACCCCCUCCCUGCCUUGGUCUGAGAGACAGACACCCUCUCUAUGUAUAAGAGCAGCGAAGUUGGUGUCCAGGUCUGGACGCCUGCCCAAAAAGACGCUGCAAGAACCCGCCCCCCCUCCCGGAACACUCAGCCGUAAUUCCAGAACCGGCCAAACGUCAACGGGCCCCAGCAGGCCCCCCAGGUCUGCUGACCCCCGGCCUGCUCCACCACCGGAGCCGGACUCCACACAACCCGACUCCACCCCCGCUGCUGAUGCUGCAGGCAGGGGGGAGGACUGACUUCUGGCACAGCUGCACAAAUGCCCAUGGUGCAAGUCAGCGGACCAGACAGUCCUGUUGUGGUGUUCAGGGCAUGGACAUUCACUGAAACAUCUACCUGAUCCAUCCGAGGGACUUUCUGCAAUGAACACAGACCCACCGGGUCCGAACUCAGGCGGCUUCUGGCUGCACAGAUGACCCCUAGCCUCUGCCGGACGUUUUUUCCCACCUGAGGCUUUCUGUCUGCAUGGAGAAACCUGAAACAGAGGCCUGAUGAGACAGUGGAAGAUUCCAUACGCAGGGCAGGGGUCACUUUCAUCAGACACUCCGGACUGGUCCGCCCGACCCCGCCCCCCCCCCGGGGAACAGCGUGGGCGGGGGAGGGGACCGGAGAACAGUCGAGGCCCACCUACACCCGGAAAGGGGUGGUCCGACAUGUGGAGGGGUGGCCCACCUCUGUGGCCAACCAGGACAUGGGAAAAGGGACUGCCCACAGAGAAGGCGGGGCGGAGACAGCCACGUGGAGGGAACGGGGCAGGGG